GGUGAAGAGUGCAUUCGUCCUCGCAAAGGUACACUGUACGGUGUCCAGGAAAGACCUAAUAGUUUCUCCCUGCAAGAACUGGGGCUCUUCGGCAUGUUUAACAUGACAUCGGAAGCCGAGGUAGACCAACCAAAUCUGCAGAUCAAAACAGUCGUGUCUCGAGAACACUGGAUCAACACUGCAACGCAUCUUAGAGCCGGUACUGUGAAGUUCGAUACCGGUUAUAAUGCAAAAAGCGCAAAUUCCGUGACCGCGGUCCUAUUGUCAGAAGCGCAGUACUUGGGUAACGAGACAAGGCCAGACAUUCUAGGCUAUCCACUCUACAAUAUCAUCCUUGUAAAGAAAUUAAGAUCAGAAGGUAAUGUAAAGUUUAUGGAGCGCAUAGGUCUUGGUAGGAUAUACAAA